ACCAACUUUAUAUUAGUAGUCAUACUAGUUCAUGUUCAGGUUUCACAAUUAGUUUUAUUUCUUUUGGAGAAUGUGAAAAAUUAAAAUUUCAAUAAUUGAUAUUUCAGUAGAUAUCUUAAAAGUUGAUUUUAAAGAACUAAACUAUAAUGUACAAAGGACUGUGGUAAUCUAUUCAUUAUUUCUGUUUCCUUUUCUCUUCAGGUAUAGUACAAAUGAUGGAUGGGACCAAUGAAAGCACUCAAUAUGAUUUUAUCCUUCUAGGAUUCUCCAAAAGGCCCCAGCUUGAGUUAGUCCUUUUUGUGGUCAUCUUGAUUGCCUAUCUCCUGACAGUUGUGGGUAAUACAACCAUCAUUCUAGUGUCCCAAAUAGACUUUCGCCUCCAUACACCAAUGUAUUUCUUUCUUACCCACCUCUCUUUCCUGGAUCUCUGUUUCACCACCAGCUCUAUCCCACAACUGCUUUAUAAUCUAAGUGGGCCUGAUAAAACCAUUAGCCACACAGGCUGUGCUAUUCAACUUUUCCUGUUCCUGGCUCUGGGUGGUGUUGAAUGUCUCUUACUGGCUGUUAUGGCGUAUGACCGUUUUGUUGCUGUCUGCAAGCCCCUUCAUUACAUAGUGAUUAUGCAUCCAAAACUCUGCCUGGGACUAGUGUCUAUUGCUUGGUUUGGUGGUGUGAUCAACUCAUUGACUAUGUCUCCUAUAACUCUGAAACUGCCUCGUUGUGGAAACAACAAGAUAAACCACUUCUUAUGUGAAAUGCCAGCACUGAUUCGUGUGGCUUGUGUAAACACUGUUGUCAUUGAGAACACUGUAUUUGUGCUGGCAGUAGUUAUUGUACUGACACCCUUAAUCCUUAUCCUGAUCUCCUAUGGCUAUAUCACCAAGGCAGUAUUACAGAUCAAGUCAGCAGUAGGGAGACGGAAAGCCAUCAACACCUGCAGUUCCCAUCUUAUUAUAGUAUCCCUCUUUUAUGGCAAUAUUAUCUAUAUAUACAUGCAACCAGGAAACAGUGCCUCUCAGGACCAAGGCAAGUUCUUUACCCUCUUCUACAACAUAGUGACUCCACUCCUCAACCCAGUCAUCUAUACAUUGAGAAACAAGGAAGUAAAGGGGGCACUGAGGAGGCUUCUGGGAGCAAAUAAAGGAGCAAAUGAAAAAUGAUGCUAAACAAGCUUGCUGGACACAGCUUCUUUCAUAGCCCAUUCCUCUUUCUCAACUCUGAAAAAAAUAGGAAUUAGUGAUUAAAAUAGCAACUGUACUCCCAAUUUCUUGUUUAGGUCUUUGUAUUUUAGCAGUGCUUUUGAGAUUCUUUCUAGGUAUAUUGUUGAUACCCACAAAAAUCACCUGAAUAUAAUUGGAUGAUUCUUUUACCAUUUCUUUUAUCAAAAACUUGGUGACUGGAAUUCAACAUUUGUUCCUUUGACUACUACUAAAUGGUUAUCACAGCUUUUAUGCAUCAUUAUUUAUAGGAAAAGCAGCACCUUUCUGCAGCUAGCUUCCUUCUCUUUAGUAGGAUUUUCUACUUUCUUUCCUCCUUUGUGCUAGGUAUUCUUCCAAUCUCCAAGACACCACAGGAUUGGAGAAGGGAAUAGAAGAUUUUUUGCUUGUUUGUUUUUUUAAGACAAGAAAAUGGAGCCUACAAACCAUAGGGCAGUAAACUUUGCUGUUUUGGCAAAAUUCUAGUAAUUAACAGGAUGGAGAAGAAUCCUGCAAAAAGAAAAUGUGAUCACAAAGAACCAAGGCUUCAUCAAAAUUAGAUCAUACCAUCACCAUUUCUUUUCUCGAAAGAAUUAUUAAGCUAAGUAGACAAGGAUAAUGUUAUAGCCAUAGUUUACCUAGAUUUUAGUGUAACUUGCCUUUGAAAAACUGGUUUUCCUCUGAAGUUUUAUGGAUCCUUUGGGUUACAGAAAUAAUAACAAAUGUGAGAUCGGAAGUGUCCCCAAGAAGCUAAAGUGAAUAAAAUAUCUGAAAUAGUUCCAAAGUCAUAUUGUGAUGUUGCCAUUCUUAAAAGAAGAAAGAAGUGGGAGAAAACUAGUUACUAGAGAUGCUGGAAACCAAGAAGGAAGUCAAGAUAGCAUAAAUCUUGAAUUUUAUUUAUAUAUCAUAUUAA